AUCCGAUAAUCUAAACACCUAAAAAGGCCUAAUGUCGCAUAAUGAUUUAAAAGAAAAAAAAAGAAAAUAAUCAAACAAAAUGGCUGGCUACCAAUGAGUCCAAUGAAAUAAUUUUGUAGAAAUUAUACGGAAUAUUCUAUUUUAAGUUACACCUUAAAAUAUGUCUAAAAAAGAGCAAGGUGAGCGUAAUGAUAAAAAGUUAGACUCGAACGAUUACGAAAAUUUCAUAUCUCAUCACAGUAUAUUCGAGUCAGCGCGAUCGAAGCACCAGGAACUGCCCAGUUUUCCUGGCUACUCUAAUGCGGAAACACAAACCAAACCGGCUGAUAUCAAAGGACAAAACGCACAGUCGGGCCUGGGGGCGUGGCACUAUAAUCCCUGGUGGAUGCUUGCUAGCACUUCAAGAUCUGUUCCCUCACAAGAAGAUUUUCAAGAAGGUAGUGAGCACGCCAAAGUGAAACAAGAGCCUCCUGGGGCAGGAACCCCCGACCAUGAUCCUCUACAAACUGAGAUUGACCAUUUCCAAGCAGGUACAUCCACUCCACCAGCUGGUAUAGAUUCUUUUUGUGAUGAUUGCUCGGAUCCAUUCUGUGACUCAAGUGUCUCUGUUUGCCGUAAAUUGUUUCAUUGUCCACACUGUAGGAAAAGCUAUCCCACCAUUUUAGAAUUUAACACACACUUGACAGGUGUGCAUCCGGCACAAAAACCGUUCAGAUGUCAAAUUUGCUUAGAGCCCUUUAACAAAAAAUCGUAUUUGAGAAGACAUUUAGAUGCUAACCACACACGCAAAGAUGUAAAUAAAUGUUCAGUGUGUUCAAAAUAUAUAAAAGAUAAAAGUAAUUUGCGUAAACAUAUGCAGGUGCACACGGGGCGUGUGCCUCAAAAACAAUUCAAGUGUGAUCUGUGUAACAACAAACGUUACAUGUCUCUUGACAGGCUUAACAAUCAUAAAGUAGUGUGCACUGGAGAAAAGGUGUUGAAAUAUUGUGACAUGUGCACUAAAGUUUUUGACAACUCAAGAUCACUUAACAGCCAUAAAAAAGUCCAUGCUAGAGAACUGAAAUGUGAAAACUGUGGGGAGCAAUUACGUUCACUAGAACAAUUCACAAAUCAUAAGAUGAUUUGUCAAGGAACAGUGACUGAAGCAAGCGGCAGCCAGACCGAAGCCAUAACAGCCACUACAGGCACUUCUAUGAACCGGUGCUGCCAACAACCAGGCCUAUGUGGACAUGAUAAACCUGCAUAUCUUAAUAUACCAGGCUAUGCAGCAGGCAGAGUACUUGAUGCAACAUUGUCUUCUUUAAAAUCAGAGCUCAACUGAUUACUCUGACCCAAAUGACAUAUAAUAUUAUUAAAUUAAACUGUUUCUUUUUACAAGAUUACCAAAUAGAUAAAUGACAGUAAUGAUUUUCACAAUUGAAGAUUUCACAAGACUGAUGCAAAUAUCCCGCCUCACGACUUGCUUUAUUAUUACCAUUUAAAUUUAGGCUUUAGUUUGUAGGUUAAUAUGUUAGAAUAAGCAAAAUGCAUAUUUGAACAUAUUCCAAUAUCUAGGGGACAAUGUUUUAACACUCUGUGUAUGUUCAAAUUGUUUCAUUUUUAUGUUUUAACUGUGUUAUAAGAACAUUUAAUAGCCUUAUGUACCACACCACAUAAUAUGCAAGAAUUUAUUGUACAUUUGUGAAACAAUGAAUAUUUUUUAUUAUUUGAUUUAUCUAUAACAAUAUGUUGACUGAUUUAGAUUAAACAUAAAAGUGCAGUAUUACAUAUAUUACACAUUUUUUAAAUAUUUUUUUUUUUUGUAUUUUCGAAAAU